GAGUGCGCCACGCUUUCCCGGAGCUCCCGGAGCUCCUGGAGACGGAGCAGCUAUUCGCUGUUCUGACUCACCGAGGAUCCUGAGGUUGCCUGGGAGGGAUGGCCACGGUCCCUAAGAGCAACAUGGGACCUACCAAGGCUGUUCCUACCCCAUUCGGCUGCAUUGGCUGUAAAUUGCCAAAGCCCGACUACCCACCAGCGCUAACCACCUUCGUGUUCUGCACAAUGGUCGUCACCGUUGUGGCAGACCUGAUAGGCAACUCCAUGGUCAUUUUGGCUGUGACCAAGAACAAAAAGCUCCGAAAUUCUGGCAACAUCUUUGUGGUCAGCCUCUCUGUGGCAGACAUGCUGGUGGCCAUCUACCCCUAUCCUCUGAUGCUGUAUUGCAUGUCAUUUGGGGGCUCGGAUCUGAGUCCGCUCCAGUGCCAGAUCAUCGGGUUGAUCACAGGACUGAGUGUAGUCGGUUCCAUCUUCAACAUUACGGCCAUCGCCAUCAACCGUUUCUGCUAUAUCUGCCACAGCCUCCAAUACAAGCGAAUCUUCAGCCUACGCAAUACUUGGAUCUACUUGGUCAUUACCUGGGUCAUGACUCUCCUGGCUGUUCUGCCUAACAUGUACAUUGGCGACGUUGAGUAUGACCCCCGCACCUACACCUGUAUCUUCAACUACGUGAACAACCCUGCCUUCCCUGUGACCAUUGUCUGCAUCCACUUCGUCCUCCCUCUCAUCAUAGUCGGUUAUUGCUACACCAAAAUCUGGAUGAAAGUGCUGGCUGCCCGUGACCCAGCUGGACAGAAUCCUGACAACCAGUUUGCUGAGGUUCGAAAUUUUCUAACCAUGUUUGUGAUCUUCCUCCUUUUUGCAGUGUGCUGGUGCCCUAUCAAUGUGCUCACUGUGUUCGUGGCUGUUGCUCCAAAAGAGAUGGUAGACAAGAUCCCCAACUGGCUUUAUCUUGCAGCACACUGCAUAGCCUACUUCAACAGCUGCCUCAAUGCUGUCGUCUAUGGUAUCCUCAACGAGAGUUUCCGACGCGAAUACUGGACCAUGUUCCAUGCUAUGCAGCACCCUAUCCUGUUCAUCUCUCACCUCAUCGCUGAUUUUCGGGAGACUCGGGAGACUCGAGCUCUCACUCAUGCCCGUGUGCGUGCCCGUGAUCAAGCCCGAGAACAAGAGCGUGCUCGUGCCUCUCUGCCUGUGGAGGGAACCCCGUGGAGCAUCCAGAAUGCUCCACUGCCGGGUAGUACAGCAGCAUCCCACUCUGAUCAUGCCUCUACCCACCCCAAACCCCAAACCAGGUCUACUCCUAUCUAUCGCAAACCUGCUUCUAUCCAUCACAAGUCUAUUUCUGGCCACCCCAAGUCUGCCUCUGUCUACCCUAAGCCAGCCUCCUCUGUCCAUUUCAAGCCUACCUCCGUUCAUUUCAAUCCCACUUCUGUCCAUUUCAGGGGAGACUCUGUCCAUUUCAGGGCUGCUUCCCAACUUGUCACCAGUCACCGUUUCUCUGCUGGUUCUUCCACCAGCCACCUUACAUCCUCAUCUGGCUACAUUAAACCUGCUACCAGCCACCCUGCAGCUACCACUGUUGACUAUCUUGAGCCUGCCUCCACCAGCCAUUCUGUGCUCACUGCUGUUGACCUCCCUGAGAUCUCAACCUCCCAUUGCCUUGAAAUGACCACCAUUGGCCACCUCAGACCUGACAUUACUACCUUCAAACUCCCCACUGUGUCCUGUGAGCCUGCUGUUACCUCUGCCACCCCUCCUGACCGCACUCUAAUCCCCAUUCCCACUGAUGAUUACCGCAAGGUGGUACUUAUUGAUGACGAUUCUGAUGAUUCCGAUUGUUCUGAUGAGAUGGCUGUGUGAAAAGUGUUCUUUUGAGUUUGUCCUGCGUAUGCAGUCUAGCGUGAGAUACCUCCCUUGUAUGUACACACUGACACACGGAGACCCAGACCCCCAGACACAGUGGAAGUUCCAUCUACCUUUCAGGCAUACUCUUCUUUGGUACCCUGUGCUCUUGAAAGUGUGUGUGUAUUCUUGCUUUCUUAGAGAUCAAAUUUCCAAUUGUGAUGUCUACGGUUCUGAGAUCCUAAAUCUUCUGUUCUUCUAAGGUUGAAUUUCAACCCUCAGUGAUCUCUGAAAUGUCUGUUGCUUUGCUAUUCCCCACCAACUCUUUCAGCUUCCCAGCCCCCAUUCCCGAUUUCCUGCCUCCUGCUUUCUUCUCCCAUUCCCAGGAAUGGGGGAGGAGUGCAUGCGCACUGGUCAAGGUUGUCUUGGUGGUAAGCUCUGUAAAGUGACAGUGACCACACAGCUUAUUGUUGUAAGUGUGUAAACUGUGUUGUAUCUUUAAUGCAGUCAGAAAAGGACUUCUGAUGAAGUACAAACACUUGAAAUUAGCUUUUCAAGAUUUCCAUGACAAAAUAUGAACCCUAUCUGAAAAAUAGAUAAGUUCUUAUUAAAGUACACUUUAAUGCCUUUCAGAUCAAGUGGCAAAAAGAGUGAUAUGUCAUACUACGUUGAUUUUAUUUUGUGUAAAUUUAAACAUUGGUGCUGUUUUUUUUUUGUAUAUUUGUUUACAAAUGAUGAGAUAUUUUUACCCUACUUUUGGUUAUAUAUAUUUUUGGUUAUUUUGGUUUGACUUUUUCAAGCACUGUCCAGAACAUUCUUUUAUUUCCACAGAAAUAGAUCCAUGUGCAAGUAAUUUCUUGUGGGUGGUAACCCUGAGUGUCAAUUACAGUUAUGUUUGUAAUAUUAUAAUUCCUAGUCACUCUUUUACACUAUCAAUUUUUACAUUUUUCUUUUCAUUCAAAGGGAAUUUGAAGUAACAUCUGAUGGCUAGAAGGAAAUGGAAUUUUUUUUUAAAAGCCUUGUUUUUGUGACCCUCCUGGCUUGGGGAUAAGAGCUAAGGAGGAAGAGAUGCUAGGACCAGUAAGUCCAAUCAUGCUUGGUUCAGUGACAUGAUGUGAAGCAGUUAGUCUCAUGUCAGCCCAGAAACUGAUUUUUCCUUUAGAACUCAAGAACAAACUGACAUUUAAAAGAAAUUUCAAUUGCUGAUUCAAAUUGACACUUCAAUCAAAGUUUACUGUACAAAAGCUUGUAAAGAAAACCCAUAAUGUAUCAU